CACGCCGGCUCGCCACAGUCUCGUCUGCGUCUAAAUAACAAUAUCGUAUUAUUAUCGUUAUUACGCGGCAGUCCGAUUUCGGUUUCUUUUCGCUUUCGAUUUCACUCUCCGAUUCCCAGAAGUCCGUCGUCGUUGUCGUCUUGUAAUAUUCUUGUAGUAACAGCUCAGCUGUUGUUAUCCUGCGCCGACCGUACGCCGCUUUUGCACUCCGCGGUUCGCGCGAUCCGUCACCGACGUUCGCCAUGCGCUCGGGCCCAGCCGCCCACCAGAAACACCGACACUGAUACCGUCGCUGUACGCAAAUAACGCGCGUUUCGCACACAUCUAGACCGACGAACGUCCGCCAUGGACUCGGGAUUGGCCCGGUUCGCCGUGCUCAUAGUGUUGUUCUUCCUGUUGACCGGCGACCUGGCCGGCAUGGUCAAGCACAUGUUCGAGGAAUAUGGCGGAAAACAGCAUAGUCUUCAUCAGCAGCAACAGCGGAACCGACAACAGUCGCCGGAAAAGUCGGCGAGGGAAGGAAACGCGCGGCCCGCAAAAACGGCGACGGCAGCCGGUCUCGGCGGCGCAGGUCCGGACGAAGAUCCAGACAUGGAAGCGUUCGCCAAAUCGUAUUCGGCCCGAAUGAAAUUGGUCAACACCAUCAAGGAAUCGUGUUUGCCGAAACUCAUUUGCGAGCUGACGGCGUCCACGAACCGAGACUCGCUCACCGAAUCCGAGAGAUACCUGUUGUCACUCAUUAGAGAAACGACCAUUUCCACAACGGCUGAAGUCACGUCCAAGUAUCAUUUCGCCGCGCACAUGGGCCAACUCAUCAACGGCAUCGAUAACACGGGAUGUCACAACUUCUAUCCCGGAUGUCCGUUUCCCGGGCUGCAAGUGAUGCAAAUGAUGAAGAAAGUGAAGAUCUUGUAAAAUAACAUGUGACGCCGACGCAGCGACCAUAUAGUCUAGUCCUUAAACCGAUGCAUCGUAUUAAUAAUAUUAUGUUAUAACAUCAUAUAACCUAAACCGCUAUACGUUGUAAUAAGACGUGGGAAGCUGGUGAUAUUCGCGCAUGCCCUUCUAUUACUUUUAACUUAUUUUAACGUUCGUGUCACCUGCUGAACGAAAAAAAACAAACGAGUUUUCGCCCUCGCAAUUUUGAUUUGCGUCACACGCACAUAUGUCACGUGUAAGCCAUCGUCAUAGUCGUGCGGAGUACAAUAUCGGUCACCGCCGACUAAGAAAAUGACAAUACGGUUUUUUUUUAGCAUAAUAAUAUUAUUGUACAUCAAUUACAAUCGAUUGUCAUAUAAUAUUAUUAAAACCUUACAGUAAUUAU